AUGGUUCUUGAAUGCGUCAGCUGUAUCGCGCGCGGUGGGUUGUUUGAUCGGGAUUUCUAAAUAUUGAUUAAUAAAUCUUGGAUUGUUAACCCCUCUGGGAGACGUCAUUCAUUUCAUGUGGCAUUGUAGACUUUGACGUCACCGAGACGUCCAGAACUGUCUCGAGCGGACGCUGUGCAGUAUAUUAUUAGAUUAUUCAAUUAUUUCACUAUAUCAAGCAGUCAUGAUUCUGACGUAGCAGAGAAUGAAUGGAAUUGGAAAGAAAAAGAAAAUAUUGUAAAUAUAAAACAAUAUACUGAAACUUCCAGUAUCAAUGCUCUUGUUUUACGAAGAUUGGGAACAAAUGCAACACCUCUGUGUGUUGUAAAACAAGUUUUAUGUGACUGUGAUUUUUUUGAAACGAUAGUCAGAGAAACAAAAAGAUAUGCAGCUCAAAUGAGAAUAGAACAGAAUACGAAAGUGAACGAAGAGUGGUUUUCAAUAACAACUGAUGAAAUUAGAGCAUAUUUUUCGUUAUGCAUUAUAAUGUCACAGGUAAAAAAGUCGAAAAUAGACAUGUAUUGGUCACUUAAUUGUUACUUAAUUAUUGUUCAUUAACAUUAUAUAUCGACCUGAUUGAAUGUUAUAUAACAAUAUAAAUUUCAAAAUAAAACGUUAUGUUUCUAAGCGUGCACGUAACAGUUCAGUUGAGCCAAUUUAAAUAGUAUUUUUCGGACGCAUCAAAUUCCGUUUUAUUUGUAUGCCAAGCGGUUAAAAUGUAGGAGUUGCUUCGAGGAGUAAUGGGUCAGAUAAGAAAUCCGACAAUGUCUAGCGAGACUAUCAAACGUGCAUCCUAGUUGUUUUGUUUUUACACGAAUUAGUUUUAACAAUAGGCAACUUUUAGAAUUUUAUAUAUUUUUCAGGAUUUUAUAUAUUUUUGA